ACGUUCCACCUCAGUUUCAGUACGGACUGAAACACCGUUUCGAGCUUGCCAUCAUUAUUAGAGACUGGAGAUCUCGACGAUCCGAAUCGCGUCCUUUCAAGCUCGCUGUGGAGGAAAGACGGAGCGAAAGAAGGACCGGACAAAGACUUGUUAUCGAUGGAAGCCUCGCGGAGAAGGAAGAUGAGAAUUGACAUACCUAGUGUGAUGUGUUUGGUUUAAUCGUGUAUCCUGCAGAUGUGCAGCAGCUGUUGGUGACUACAGAGGGGGUUCCUUGCAAACGGAGUCUGGAUUUAGAGUCCUAUCUCGUAAAAGUGGAACCAGAGGAACUAUGGCCCAGUCAGGGUGGAGAGCGGUUGAUGAUGGGAUGGUGGAGAGUGUCACCAGUUUACCGAUGAUGAUGAUGUCGACUCUGAAGAGUGAAGAUGAUGAUGAUGAUGAUAAAGAACUUCAGCCUUGGUCAUCUUCACUCCAUCUUUAUCAAACCAAAACUGAAGGCAACACAGAGGAAGAGACUCCAACCACCAACCCAGCUAAACUGAUUAAAUCAGAAACUGAUGAAGAGGAUUGUGGAGGACUAGAAAUGACCAGUAAUCCAGACCCAAACAUUUAUUUACAACCAAAUAGUGACAGAAAGGCUUCAGACUCUUCUGAGAUAGAACAUUUGUCACAUGAAAUGGAAGACAAUGUUAAAAGCUGGAAUGACAAUAAGGCACAUGGAUCAGGUGUAAACAGUGAUGUGGAGUCUAACACGGCCAAAAAAUCACUGAGCUGCUCUGAAUGUGGUGAAGAGUUUGACGACCAACGAUCUCUCCAGAAACACUUAACAAAACGGUCUUUAAGCUGUUUGAACAGAAAGAAAUGUUUUAGAGUGACACAAAAUGUAAAUAUGCAGAAAAGAGUCCACACAAAGGAAAAAGGAGUUCAUUGUGAAGUUUGUGGUAAAAUAUUUACUCAUACAAAAAAUCUUAGAAUACAUAUGAGAAUUCACACAGUAGAGAAACCAUUUAGCUGUGAUGAAUGUGGACAAAGAUUUAGUGAAAAGACAAGCUUAACCCAACACAUGAGAGUCCACAAAGGAGACAAACCAUUCAGCUGUGAUGAAUGUGGACAUAGAUUUAGUGACACGACAGCCUUAAACCGACAUAUGAGAAUCCACACAGGAGAAAGACCAUUCAGUUGUGAUGAAUGUGGGCAAAGAUUUAGUCAGAAGACAAACUUAAACCGACACAUGACAAUCCACACAGGAGACAAACCGUUCAGCUGUGAUGAAUGUGGACAAAGAUUUAGUCGAAAGGAAUACUUUCACCAACACAUAAGAAUACACACAGGAGACAAACCAUUCUGCUGUGAUGAGUGUGGACAUAUAUUUAGUCACAAGGCAAGCUUAAACCAACACAUGAGAAUCCACACAGGAGACAAACCAUUCAUCUGUGAUGAAUGUGGACAUCGAUUUAGUCAAAAGACAACCUUACACCGACACAUGAGAAUCCAUACAGGAGACAAACCAUUCAUCUGUGAUGCAUGUGGACAUAGUUUUAGUCAAAAGACAACCUUACACCGACACAUGAGAAUCCACACAGGAGACAAACCAUUCACCUGUGAUGAAUGUGGACAAAGAUUUAGUCUCAAGACAAGCUUAAACAGACACACGAGAAUCCACACAGGAGACCGACCUGUAGCGUAUUCCCUUUCUCAGGAAGGAACAGAUGGAACACAUCCCAAGAACUGCUUUUUAAUCUUCUAUUGACCUGUAUUCUCAGUUGAAUUUCUUUAACAGAGAUUAACUUCUUCCAGAGAGAAAGUGGACUUUGGGACUGUGCAUCAAGAAUUUACGACCUGAGUCGUAAGAGUUGAACACUUGCUUAAACUAUGAUUUUGUAUUUGAGGAUUGAAUAAAUCUCCUGCAACCACAAAUCUGUCAUAUUACAUAACCAUGUGAACCAAGGACUAACAUAUCUUUCCAAGGUUGUUGCACUUCAGCCAGAGAAGAAGACAGAGAUUUUACACCUCCCAUUUUUGUGCUUCUCUAAACUCAUGAACUGACAUCUCCAUACAGGAAGUGGACUGAGACACAGUCCAGAACAGCUCCUAUACCCUAAUAACUGGAGACUCAAAAACCCCAGCUUCCAAACCUACAGACCAGAUCAAUCCUUGGAUUUCUGCAGAUCGUGUGACGUGUUUAACUGCAGAUGUUACAAUAUCUUACGUUUAACUAACAAAUGCUUCUAAAACUCUGAAAAGGGUUUUCUACACUUUAUCAGAAGUGCCUUGAUAAGACCAGGAAAAUAGUUUCUUUAUCUGAGAUAUAAGAUAGUUGUCUUCUCUCUG